AUGGCCGGUGACAGUGAAACACAGCUUGGGGACCGAGGUGAAAAUAACAAUAUUAUUCGACAACCUUUCCUCAUCGGUGUGUCCGGGGGAACCGCCAGUGGCAAGUCAUCAGUAUGUGAGAAGAUCAUGGAACUACUGGGGCAAAACAAGAUUGAUCAUCACCAGCGGCAGGUGGCCAUCCUCAGCCAAGACAGCUUCUACAGGGAGCUUACUCCAGAGCAGAAGGCCAAGGCACUGAAGGGGCAGUUCAACUUUGAUCACCCAGAUGCCUUUGACAAUGAGCUGGUCAUGAAAACACUCCGACAGAUAAUACAGGGGAAGACGGUCCAGAUUCCAGUUUAUGACUUUGUCACCCAUUCCAGGAAAGAGGAGUUUGUGACUGUUUACCCAGCUGAUGUGGUCUUGUUCGAGGGCAUCUUAAUGUUCUACUCCCAGGAGAUCCGUGAUCUCUUUCAGAUGAAGCUAUUUGUAGACACAGACGCAGAUACACGGCUCUCCCGUAGAGUGCUGAGAGACAUUAGUGAACGGGGCAGAGACCUGGAACAGGUGCUCUCACAGUAUAUAACUUUUGUUAAACCGGCCUUUGAGGAAUUCUGUUUGCCAACCAAGAAGUAUGCAGAUGUAAUCAUUCCGAGAGGAGCAGAUAACAUGGUGGCCAUCAACUUGAUAGUGCAACACAUUCAAGACAUUCUGACCGGCGGACUGAGCAAGCGUCACAAUGGUUGCAUGAACGGCCACAGCACUCCCCGGCAACGACGGACAUCGGAGUCCAGCAGCCGGCCGCACUGACCUCAUCGCAUCUUAGAGAGAGAGAGAGCGAGGGAUGGGAUGUGUGUGUGUUUGAGGGAGGGUUAGCUCUGUAAAUAAUGCCUGUUGGCAUCACUGUAUGUAAGAGGGGAAAAGAAUGGAACAAAGGGAUGCAAAAAAUUAAUUGCAAUGCCUUUUAUUAUGAUUGCUCAUGUUAUUAGUUUGUUUUACUGUCAUUGUCGGUACUCUAGAUAUGUGUGAGGGGAUGAAAGAUAGCCUCUUGCUUUUGUGUGAUGAGACCAUGGGUGAUACGUUGCCCCUUUUUAUUUUCUCCCUUAUUUAAAGAUUUUGUUAAUAAUCCCCUGCUACUCCAUGGAAAAUUCUUGCAGAUAAUUAAUAAAGACGGGGGGAAACAGUUUUUUUUAAAUUUCCUUCUAUGUCUGAUGAAACUUGAACCAGUUUUGACUGGGAAAUUUGAUCGUGUUUGCACGAGCACUACACGGGAAGGUUCUUUUUAUGAAUAUAUGAAAGAUGAGCUGACAAUGCAAAAAUUGCACUCUGUACUUCUGUUACUGACAAUCUUGAACGGGUGUCUCCUACUGUUUUGUUUUCCUUCACUGUGUCCUGUGUAGUGUGCUUCAACAGAGGUGUUUGUGUCACACAUCCUUUCCACCAUGUUCAGUUGGCUUAAUACAAAUACACUACAAGAUAUUGUAGUUCUGACUGACAUAAAAGUGACAAUGUCACUUAAAAAGCUUGAGUAAUACAGUUGACAGCAAGGAUAAAUUAUAAAAUCAGUGUUACAUUCACUCAGCACUGAAUGUUAACAGUGGUUUAACAUUUGGUGGUAUGCAUUUGCUUUUUUUUCCACCCAUUAAUGGGUGGUAAGUGUGUAAUGUUAACUAUGACAACCAAAGCCUGUUUAUAUAGGCACUUCUGUUUGAUUAGUGGGUUAAACACUACCUCCCCAUCCAUAACGGGGUCACAGACUUGCUUAUUGUUUUACAUAGUUGAAUAAAAUGUACAUAAUAUAGUUAGUGAUGUCUCAAAGGUUUUGCUACCAUAAGCAACAAAAACAAAGAAAACCCCACUCAGCUUUGGAACACAUAUAUACUCAGGUUGAUACAGUAUUGUUUUAAAUGCAGAGUCGCUAGGCAAAGUGAGAUAGAAAGAUUAGCAUUACAGCAAUACAUGUUGAGCCAGACGCUUGUGAACCACUAAGAUCUACAAUGCCUCCACUUGAUUGCCUCAGGUUCAAAUUGUAAGUAACCAUAAUAUUAACGUUAUUCUGUUUUCAAAUUGUUCAAAACUGUUAGGUAGCUUUUCUAUGCCUUGUACAGUAUUGUGUAUGAUUUGGUUAAUGAGCGAGUGAAUUUGUGGAGAAUGACUGCUGAACUGGGAGUUUGAUGAUUUGAAGCAAAAUGAAUGCGAGUGUCCAGAGCUUCAUGGUCAAUAAACUGAUGCAACUGAA